CAGAAGAUGGCGGAGCGUCGAGGCUGAGCAACGACAUCGAGCGCCGGAUAACUCGAUUGGACGUAAUCGUGCAAGUGUGGCAAAACCGCUCACACUCAAGUACACCCAGAUGUUUGGGUAAAACCGCUGAACAUUUAAACUGAGGCACGAUGAGUCGAUAUAGCGCGUCGUUCCUGAAAGGAAACAGAGCAGAAGCUGGGGACACUUUAAGACGAGCGGCUCCUGUCACCUCCAUCUUGUUUGAGAGCGCCAGCCGUGGCCAGGCACGCUGAAUUAAUCCCGGAGCCCGAGAACAGAGGACUUCUAAUCAAUCUGCAACAUCGUCAACCUGCUCGCAGAGGGAUAAAGUAGGCCUUGUGGGCUUGAAGUGUAUGAUUAUCCAAUCCAAGGUAGCAAUGAUGGACUUCCCAUGGCACAGUGGGAAAGUUUUAGAGCAGCUGAACCAUCAGCGUCAGCAGGAUCUCCUGUGUGACUGCACGUUUGUGGUCGACGGAGUGGACUUCAAAGCCCACAAGGCCGUACUGGCAGCGUGCAGCACGUACUUCCAUACACUCUUUCUAGACCAGAAGGAUGUUGUGCAUUUGGAUAUCAGUAAUGCUGCAGGCCUCGGACAGAUCCUCGAAUUUAUGUACACCGCUAAGCUGACGCUGAACCCUCAGAACAUCGAGGACGUGCUGGCCGUAGCCACUUUUCUUCAGAUGCAAGAAAUUGUCAAUGCUUGCUCAGCUUACAAGUCACUCACAGAACCUCCGGUGUUAAACGACGCCGUGUCGGGUCCAACUGAACAAGAACCGAAGGUGGUUAAGGAAAAUGAUGAUGCUUCUGUGGAGCCACAGGACAGUCAUGUCUCAGCUCAGAGCGUCGUUCCUGAGGCAGAUGAAGCCCCCUCAUCAUCAGAGUCCUCUGAAGAGCAGAAGGAGCAGUGUAGCACUACUGAAACACAAAGCGCAGGAGCUCAAAGUGCAGGAAGACCACAAGAGCUCAGCCAGCACGCCAAACUAAAGGCGCAGGAAGAGAGCACAGCAAAGGAUCUCAUGGAGUAUCAGGACGACCUGUCUGAUGCUGAUUACACGCCCGAAAUAUCACACAGAGUUGCGACUAGGAGGUCCUGCAUAAGCACACGGAGAAGCAAAUCAAAAUCCGUCCCUCACGGCAUGUCCAUGCCAGUGAUCGAUGAUAGUAGUGAAGGGCGUUUGUCAAAAGCGACUACUGAAGAAAAUUUAAGAGAAGAACUGGAAAAGGAAGAGGAGGCUGAUGAAGAGGAGGAGAAUACAGAGCAGGAUGAUGAAGGGGAGAUGGAUGUAGAUGAUGGAGCAACAGGAACAGCGGACGAAGGAGGAGGAAAGUGUCUGAGGUCUGGGGUCAUUGCGGAACGCAGCGAGUCCAGAUCGUAUGGCUCAGUCACACACAAAUGUGAGGACUGUGGAAAGAAGUUUACCCACACUGGGAAUUUUAAACGCCACAUGCGCAUCCACACAGGCGAGAAGCCCUUCAGCUGCCGGGACUGCAACAAGGCCUUCUCUGACCCGGCCGCCUGCAAAGCUCAUGAAAAAACCCACAGCCCUCUAAAGCCGUACUGCUGUUCCACAUGCGGGAAGAGCUACCGGCAGAUCAGCCUGCUGAACCUACACAGGAAGCGGCACACCGGCGAGGCACGCUACAGCUGCGACGAGUGCGGCAAACUCUUCACCACAUCGGGUAACCUGAAGCGCCACCAGCUGGUGCACAGUGGCAAGAAGCCGUACCACUGUGACUACUGCGAGCGUGCUUUCUCCGACCCCACUGCCAAAAUGCGCCACCUGGAGGUCCAUGACACAGACAAGGGCCACAAAUGCCCACAAUGCGACAAGAAAUUCAAUCAGUUAGGAAACUUGAAAGCUCACAUGAAGAUCCAUAUCUCAGAUGGACCUCUGAAGUGUAAAGAGUGUGGGAAGCAGUUCACCACAUCAGGGAACCUGAAGAGGCACCUGCGAGUUCACAGUGGAGAGAAGCCCUUUGUGUGUAUGCACUGUCAGAGAGCAUUCGCUGAUCCAGGUGCACUGCAGAGACACGUGCGCAUUCACACAGGAGAAAAGCCAUGUCUUUGUCUGAUCUGUGGAAAAGGCUUCACACAGGCCAGUUCCCUGAUUGCUCAUGUCCGACAGCACACUGGAGAGAAGCCGUACGUAUGUGACCGCUGUGGCAAAAGGUUUGUGCAGUCCAGCCAACUGGCCAAUCACAUCCGCCAUCAUGACAACAUACGACCCCACAAAUGCCAAACCUGCAACAAAGCGUUUGUCAAUGUCGGAGACCUUUCGAAACAUAUCAUCAUUCAUACAGGUGAGAAACCUUAUCUUUGUGACAAGUGUGGACGUGGGUUUAACCGUGUGGACAACCUCCGCUCCCACGUUAAAACUGUUCACCAGGGCAAAGCGGGCAUGAAGAGACUGGUAGUGACGGACGAGGACAACGGGGAGGACAGGCUGCUUCCUGGAGCUGCCUCUAUGUCCGAGCUUGACGAGAACGAAGUCAAUAUUGUUACAGUCACCACGGAUGACAUUGUGACUUUGGCUACAGAAGGGUUGGCAGCCAACACCGUCGCACAGCUGACUGUGGUGCCUGUUGCAACAUCUGUAUCUGCCGAUGAAACGGAGGCUUUGAAAGCCGAGAUCACAAAGGCAGUGGAGAAAGUGCAGGAAGCUGAUCCCAACACUCAGAUCUUAUAUGCGUGUGACUCCUGUGGUGAGAAGUUCCUGGACGCCAGUUCUCUCGCUCAGCACGUGCGCAUCCACACAGCCCAGGCUCUCGUCAUGUUCCAGGCUGACUCGGACUUCUACCAGCAGUACGAGUCGGCGGACGGCACUUGGCAGACCACCGAGCAGGUCAUUCAGGGAGAAGAGCUGCUCUUCAGGAGGGAGGGAGAGGACGAGGCUAAUGAUGGCACCCAGGGUGAAGAGGCGUAUCCUGAACCUGAGGAGGAGGAGGAGGAGGAGGAGGAAGAAGACGAGGAGGCGGAGUCUCAGACUGAAACUGCAGGAGAAGGUGUACAGAUUUGUGAAAGUCAGACACAGUGAGGCUAGACUGAGCAAGGCAAAGAGUUUUGAAAAUCCCAGAGACAUCGACAUCGUCGAAGGAAUACGUAUAUUAGAUAUUACUUGAAAUGUUACUAUGUUCCUCUUGCAAGUCGAAUGCUAUGUUUUGGGCCUGUUUUUUUACAGAUUGGUUGCAUAGCACAAGUACAUAAUAUCGUGCUUCGGCUGUAAAGAAUUUUUAAAUUAAAUAAUUUGGUUUCGGACACGGCUGCUAAUUCUAGCUCAGUGCACAUUUCUGUCUAUUUUGCUGUAUUUCUCUGAUACUUCUCAUACAACACAAGUGUCCAUCAUCGACACCUCUGAUGUGGUUCCUUUGCCAGCAUCUACAUUCUCGAGCCUGCAGUAACAUUGAGUAUUAAACGCUAUAUACACUGCGCAUAACAUUGUAGCCUGUAUUCUGUCACGAUCUUUUUUAUGUUUUAUAAAAACAUCAAUUAUCAAAACUGAACACACUUUCAUUCAUGCUUUGAAUUUCUGUUUUGAAUACCGUCUUAUUUACUCAGGAGUACUUUCAUUUAGCACAUCUACUAUUUGAAAUAUAAAAAAUAUAUUAAAUGCACAAAGAACUAUAUAAAGUGAUUAGAAACUGUAUCGAUUUGGAUGAUGAUGUUAGCAGCUACUGUGUUAAAUAGCAGGUGCAUACUAAGUAAUGCAGGGCUCAUGAAUUUAUUUAGGCAGUAUCGAGUAAACAGAUAAUGACACCAUGACGGUAAUCACUGGCAAUGUAACUGCCAAAGUGUGCACAUUUAAAAGUGUUUAAUUCUUAUGAAAUUCCAUUUAUGUCUAAUUUCAAUAAACAAAAAGGCAAACA